AGUGUAAAAUUGGAUAGCGAGCAGCUCGGUGGAUUUGUGCGCGAAUCCAUUGGCAAUUUUAAGCGAAAUGAGCAGGUCUAAAUGAAAAAAACAAGCGAUUCGCUAAGCGUAACAGUUAUUUAGUACAUCGUAACUAACUGGCUUUAUUCUUCGAACGAUACAAAUAGAAUUUAUAAGCAUGAUAAUUAGUGCGUACAAGUACUGAAACAAUUGGAAUGUGAUGACUGGAAAUGAGAUAUCAAAUAUAUUGCUUGCUAAAAUGCCAAAUAGUGUGCUGUGUAGUCUCGUGGAGUCUCGUUUUGGGGCAGAUUCGUUAUUCGAUUCCUGAAGAGCUGCGACUGGGCGCCUUUGUCGGAAAUAUCGCAGCCGAUUUGGCUUUAGAUGUCAAAGAGCUGUCGGCCCGCAAUUUGCGGAUUGCACCCGGGCCCGGGAAGCAGUAUGUGGGCGUAAAUUUAAACAAUGGAGUUCUGUCUGUGAAGGAAAGAAUUGACAGAGAAAAUCUUUGCGGGUCGAGCCUCACGUGUGUGUUAUCCGUGGAUGCUGUGCUAGAAAAUCCGCUCAGCCUGCACCAGGUCGAAGUGGAGAUUCUCGACGUGAACGACAAUGCCCCCAGUUUUCCAAAGAGACAAUUCCGCCUUGAAAUCUCAGAAAUCGCUGCGCCGGGUGCACGGUUCCCCCUCGACUCGGCGCACGAUCCGGACAUUGGAAACAACUCGCUGCAAACGUACCAGCUCCUUCCGAACGAUUAUUUUAUUCUCGAUGUUCAAAUGCACAGCGGGGAAAGAAAGCUCCCGGUAUUGGUGUUGCAGGGGCCAUUGGAUAGAGAAACGAUGUCAACCCACACAUUAACGCUCAUAGCCAAGGACGGCGGGACCCCUGUAAGGUCAGGUACUGUUCAGGUUAUAAUCACAGUAAAAGAUGUAAACGACAAUGCGCCUGUUUUCCCCCAGUCGGUUUAUAGAGUCAGUCUCUUGGAAACUGCACCCAUAGGAACCCUAAUAAUCACAUUAAAUGCUACUGAUUUGGACGAUGGUUUCAAUGGAGAGAUAAUGUACUCGCUCAGUAGCCAUAGUCCAGCUCGAGUUCGUGAACUCGUUGAUGUGGAUUCCAAAACUGGUGAAAUCAGAGUGAAAGGGAAAUUGGACUAUGAAGAAAACAAAGCCUUUGAAGUUAACAUUCAAGCAAUGGACAAGGGCCCUUACGCAGUGCCCGAGCACUGUGAUAUUUUAGUGGACAUUAUUGACGUGAAUGAUAACGCGCCUCAGAUAAUACUAAGGUCUUUGUCCAGUACAGUCUCAGAAGAUGCUCCAGUUGGAACUGUAGUCGCUCUGUUCAGUGCAGCAGAUAAAGAUUCAGGAAAAAAUGGGCAGGUACAAUGUCAAAUUUCAGAUAAACUACCCUUUAAACUAGAUUCAUCUUUGAAGAACUAUUAUCGACUGCUUAUUCAGCAAUUACUGGAUCGUGAAAAUAUUUCCAAAUAUGACGUCGCUAUAACCUGCACAGAUUCAGGAAACCCUCCUCUCACAUCCAAGAAAACCAUUCGAGUAGAGGUUUCAGAUAUAAAUGAUAAUGCGCCAAUGUUCCCUCAACGUUUACACACCGCAAACAUGAUGGAGAAUAACGUUGUUGGAGCCUCCGUAUUCACCCUGAAAGCCUUUGAUCCAGAUAUAGGAGAGAACGCCCGACUAAACUAUUCCAUCCUGGAAACUCAGAUUCAGAACGCUUCAGUGUCUACUUACGUUUCCAUUAACUCGGAAACUGGGGUCAUAUUAGCUCAGAGAUCUUUUGACUACGAGAAAUUGAAAACAUUUCUGAUCCAAGUUCAAGUCCAGGAUUCUGGGAUCCCACCACUCAACAGCAACGUUUCAGUGAAAGUUAUUAUCCUUGAUCAGAAUGACAAUGUUCCAGUGAUCGUGCGCCCAUUAGCCGAGUAUGGGUCAACAGCAAUAGAGACAAUAUCCAGGUUUGCAGAACCAGGCUAUUUGGUUGCGAAGGUGUCAGCCACUGAUGCUGACGCCGGUCAGAAUGCUCGUCUUUCUUAUUCGAUUUUUCAUGCUACCCAGCAUAACCUUUUUACUAUUUCAUCAGACUCUGGGGAAAUUUGGACUAUCCGUCGUAUUGCCAAUAAAGAUGCCUCUAAGCAAAGGUUGGUGAUUGUGGUAAAAGACAAUGGAACACCAUCACUUUGUGCCACAGUGACCAUCAUCUUAUCUGUGGUAGGUGGUGACACUGAAACAUUUUCCAGCGUCAGUGGAUCGUCUGAAGAUGCAGGGUUCACUCCCGAUCUGAGCCUUUCCUUGGUCAUAGCAUUAGGAGUAAUUUCUAUCUUUUUUCUGGUGAUUUUGAUCAUCCUUGCCAUUAAGGUUCAUAGAAACAGAAAUAGUUUCGAUGACCAGAACUGCUCACUGGGUAUUUGUUGCUGCUUUGAAACAAGACAUUCACUGAACGGAAUUCAAAAGACCAGUCGAAGUCUUCACGUACCACCAAACUAUGUAGAGGUAUUCGGGGGUGAUCCGCUUUCUCAGAGUUUCCGAUAUGAGUCAUGUUCAACAUUGCAGUCAACAAAGAGAGACUUCAUAACCCCCAAUACAUGCAGGUCAUCGACAGACAAGAAUGAUGUCCGGAAUGAAUCCAUCAGGAAGGAAAAGCCGGAAAUGAUUAAUUCUAAAAAUUGCAGCAACGCAGUAAACAACGAGGAUAAUUCAUGGUACGGGCACGUUCUGAAACAAGGGGAAUGCUUAUCGCUGGAAAUGAGAUAUAAAAUAUAUUGGUUGCUGAAAUGCCAAUUAUUUUACUGUGUAUUCUCCUGGUGGAAUCUCGUGUUUGGGCAGAUUCGUUACUCGAUUCCAGAAGAACUGCAACUGGGCUCCUUUGUUGGGAAUAUCGCAGAUGAUUUGGGUUUAGAUAUAAAGCAGCUCUCGGCUCGCCAUUUUCGGAUAGUACCCGGUCCAAGGAAGCAAUACGUGGACAUAAAUUUGGACACUGGCAUUUUAUUUGUCAAGGAGAAAAUUGACAGAGAACAGAUUUGCGGGGCUAGUUUGAGUUGUGUGAUUUCCUUGAAUGGUUUGGUUGAAAAUCCCUUAAAGCUGUACCAGGUUGAAGUGGAGAUUCUCGAUGUGAAUGACAACACUGCCAGUUUCCCAAAGACACAAAUCCGCCUUGAAAUCUCAGAGCUUGCGACGCCGGGGACGCGCUUUCCCCUCGAGACCGCGCGCGACGCGGAUAUUGGAACUAAUUCAUUACAAACCUACGAGCUCCGUGGGAAUAAUUAUUUUAAUCUUGAUGUACAGAUGCGGGACGGGAUGGACAAUUUGCCAGUAUUGGUGCUGCAGAGUUCCUUGGACAGAGAAACGGAAUCCAGCCACAUGUUAACGUUAAUAGCCAAGGACGGCGGGGUCCCUGUGAGAUCCAGCACGGUUCGGGUCACAAUCAUAGUGAAGGAUGCAAACGACAACGCCCCUGUUUUUCCCCAGUCAGGUUACAGAGUCAGUCUAUUGGAAACUGCACCCAUAGGGACGCGGGUAAUCAUAUUAAAUGCCACUGACUUGGACAAUGGUCCGAAUGGAGAGAUAACCUACUCGCUCAGUGGCCACACUUCUGCUAGAGUUCGGGAACUGUUUGACAUGGAUUCCAAAACUGGUGAAAUCAGAUUGAAAGGGGAUUUGGACUAUGAAGAAAACAAGGUCUUUGGUAUAAAUAUAAAGGCAAUAGACGAGGGUUCUGAGACAAUGUCCGGACACUGUGAUGUGCUGGUGGAUAUUAUUGAUAUGAACGAUAACGCCCCUGAGGUGACAUUGACGUCUUUGUUCAGUACAGUCUCAGAAGAUGCUCCAACUGGAACUGUAGUCGCUCUGUUCAGUGCAGCAGAUAAAGAUUCGGGACUGAAUGGGCAGGUACAAUGUCAAACAUCAGACAAGAUGCCCUUUAAAGCAGAAUCUUCUUUGAAGAAUUAUUAUGGAUUACUUGUUUAACAUUCACUAGAGCGUGAGAAUGCCUCCAAGUAUGACGUCACUAUAACAUGCACGGAUUCAGGAAAUCCUCUUACAUCCAAGAAAAAUAUUCGGGUGGAGGUUACAGAUUUCAAUGACAAUGCCCCACGGUUUAUACAGUCUUUAUACACAACAAGCAUCAUGGAGAACAAUGUUAUUGGCACUUCUAUAAUUUCCGUUACAGCCUUUGAUCCAGAUGUUGGACAGAAUGCUCCACUAAAAUAUUCUAUCGUGGAGUCGCAAGUUCAGAAUGCUUCGGUAUCCAAUUACAUCUCUGUUAACUCGGGGACCGGGGUCAUAUUAGCUCAGAGAUCUUUUGACUACAAGAAACUGAAAAUCUUUCAGAUCCAAGCUCAGGUCAUGGACUUUGGAACACCACCAUUCGCCAGUAAUGUCUCAGUGAAUGUUUUUAUCCUUGAUCAGAAUGACAAUGUUCCAGUGAUCGUGCGCCCAUUAGCCGAGUAUGGGUCAACAGCAGUAGAGACAAUAUCCAGGUUUGCAGAACCAGGGUACUUGGUUGCGAAGGUAUCAGCCACUGAUGCUGACGCCGGUCAGAAUGCUUGCCUUUCUUAUUCGAUUUUUCAGGCUACCCAGCGUAGCCUUUUUACAAUUUCACCAGACACUGGGGAAAUUUGGACUAUCCGUUUUAUUGCCAAUAAAGAUGCCUCCAAGCAAAGGUUGGUGAUUGUGGUAAAAGAUAAUGGAACACCAUCACUUUGUGCCACAGUGACCAUCAUCUUAUCUGUGGUAGGUGGUGACACUGAAACAUUCUCCAGCGUCAGUGGAUCGUCUGAAGAUGCAGGGUUCACUCCCGAUCUGAGUCUUUCCUUGGUCAUAGCAUUAGGAGUAAUUUCUAUCUUUUUUCUAGUGAUUUUGAUCAUCCUUGCCAUUAAGGUUCAUAGAAACAGAAAUAGUUUCGAUGACCAGAACUGCUCACUGGGUAUUUGUUGCUGCUUUGAAACAAGACAUUCCCUGAAAGGAAUUCAAAAGAUCAGUCGAAGUCUUCACAUACCACCAAACUAUGUAGAGGUAUUCAGCGGUGAUCCACUUUCUCAGAGUUUCCGUUAUGAGUCAUGUUCAACAUUGCAGUCAACAAAGAGAGACUUUCCAACUCCCAACACAUGCAGGUCAUCGACAGACAAAAAUUAUGUUCGGUGUGAGUCGAUCAGGAAAGAAAACACCAGAAUUAUUAAAUCUCAAAAUGACAGGAACCCUGUUAAUGUCGAGGUGAGGUGAUUUUGGAAAAGUGAACAAGAUCUUCACAGAUUUGAGUUGACUGUACAAGUAUAU